CCGCUUAUUCGCGCCAGUAAGCAGUUACAGGAACAGCCUCUGCGAGGUGUUUUUCGUGGCCGCGAGAGUAACGAAAUUUGGCGACGGCGAUGGCCGCCAAUAGUGGAUCGGGUUUUAGAGAUAUUUCGACGUUACUUUCUGCCAGCAGGAAACAGCUAUUUCGCAGCACCGUUGGUGGACCUCUUUCUGUACAAUCUUUAA